UGUCGGUCAUUUGAAAGUUCUCCGCAUUCAGGAUUUUUUUUCUCGAGAGUCGAUCCAACGCCGCAGUCUGUUGUAGUGUACAGUGUAUUCAGACCUGUGUUCUCUACGAUAUAUACUUACGCCCCAACAUAUGUACCUGAUCGAAAAUGGCGACAGAUGAUUUUCCCACGUCUCCGGCAAAGCGUCAACGAACAGACUCGCCGGAAACGAACCGAGACCUGCCAUCGAUUCCCGGAUUGCACCCUCUUGAAAACACGCCCGAUGGCGUGCAACACGAGACAUUGCAGAAUAGCAUCACCGGCCCCAUGGAUAUAGAAGUCGGCGAAGAUAUAGAGACUAGUGUCACAGCAUCCGCAGUGCCCGAGCAAGAAAUGGUGCAGCAGGCACCGAGCCAAGACUCCAAUUCCUUACUCGAUGCACUCAUGCUGCAGGUCGAAGCGCAGUCUUCUUCCAUCCCAAAGAUCGCCCCUUCCUCUCCUAUCACCGUUGUCGAUGCAGCGCAAGAGGCAGAGGCUGUGGAGUCCGAGAGCAUGGUCAUAGAGAAAGAUGGGGCACCAGAGACACACGCAGAUGCAGACAAUGGAACACAACAGUCAUCCACGAACCAACCUGCUCCUGCAACGUCGGAUGCUAUGGAUGUAACGCACAACGUCGUGGACGAGCAGAUUGAGAACCAUGUCCAACUCCAGGAUGCUGAAGCCGAUACCGUUACAGACACCAAUAGUUCUAUACCGAUUGUCGGAAACACAGCUGGAGCACCCGCGGUUCCCGCCCUUCCUGAAGCACAUAUCGCUGCAAUUGAUUCGAUCCCGGCAACUGAGCCACACGCUCCUGAUCAAGACGCAGAAGGUGUCGAGUGGGAAAUCGAUUCUUCACCAUACGAAUCCUCUGACUCCGAUUCAUCCGACGACACAUCUUCCGAUGAGGAUAGCGACGAAGAUGCAGAUGGUGAAUAUUCCAUGUUGGAUCCUGAAGAGACGGCAAGAAUACUCAUGCAAGGAGAUGGAGGCUCGGAUGAUGAGGGCGGGAAGUCGCGUGACAAGGCCGAAGGCGCUGCUCUACGAACUGCUAAUGAGCGAACGGAAGAAGUCAUCCCCAAGCCCGAAGUCAUUGUUACGGAGGAUAUGAAGAUAGAAGAGCUUGGAAAUGUUGAAUUCGUCGUGGAGAAUAAUGUGGUAAUCAAGGCAAAAACGUCGGGAGAAUACCAGGUCCUGGAAUCAGGAUCAUUGAUCUGUCUCAAAGAUCGAAGUGUUGUUGGAGUGAUUGCCGACUUGAUAGGGCGAGUCGAGGAACCACGGUACACCAUACGCUUCACAAACGACGAAGCCAUUGCAGAGGCUGGAUUGUCCGCACCCGGCACGACUGUUUUUUACGUGCCCACUUAUUCGACCUUCGUCUUCACACAACCCCUGAAGGCUGUCAAGGGUAGCGACGCAUCAAACUUCCACGAUGAAGAGGUUGGUGACGACGAGAUGGAGUUUUCGGACGAUGAGGCAGAAGCCGAACACAAGCGUCAAAUGAAAGCAAGACGACAAGGCAGGUUGGUGGACACUGGAAGAGGCCGCGGCCGUGGCGGACCGCAAUCAGGCAGAGGGUCACACCGUGGAGGUCGACGACCCAGCCAUAGCCGCAACAACGAUAACAACGGUCUUGCGAACGGCAAUGGCGCGUAUGGCGAUGGUUCUUUGGAGAUGAACUAUGACGACGUUCCAAAUGGCGCUGAUGAUGGAUACACUCCAUUACAAAGACCAGACAGCUUUGCUGGCAACACCGAGCAACAUCGAGGAGAUACCGCAGGCCACCCACUUCCUCCUCCACCAUCAUCCUUCCGUGGUGGCAGAGGUGACUUCGGCGGACGAGGCAGAGGUCGCGGUAGAGGUAGAGGUGACAGGGGAGGUUUCCGAUCCCGUGGCGGCGGCGGAUUCAAUCAGCCUCGAGGUCCUUUCAACAACCAACAUAACGCCAACAACACACAGAACGGGUCUCACAGUUACCCACGGGCGCCAGAAGUCACCGUCCCUACGACGCCUUCGAUCACUCCUCACAACGCCGCUUACACACCAAUGACACCGUCUCCCAUGAGCCCGCUGCCGAACGUUCCUUACAAUUUUGGUGGCUAUCAACCACCUGCCGGCUUCCCAUAUAUGCCUCAAUCGAUGCCUGGACUGCAACCGCCUUCGUUUCCGUACCAACAACAGCAGCACCAGCAUCAGCAUCAGCAGCAGCAACAAUAUCACCAACCAUACCAGGCUACUCAGUAUAAUGCUCCAGGAAUGCAGCCAUACCAGACGAGUCAAAGCUAUGCUCCGGGCACGCAGCCAGCAGCCCAGCCUAGCUUUCCCUCUGGCCCUUGGGCGAACAACCCGGCUCUUGCGGCAGCCUUGCAGAGACAAGUGGAGGAACAGCGGAGAAAUCAGGGAAUGUGAUCUGUGGCUUCUAUAUUGUGCAGAUGAUUGGGAAAAUGUACGACUACUGCUUACAGACCGUUAACGAUAGAACGUUGGGCGCUGGUUUGGAAAAGUCUCGGAAUGAAAAGGUUUGGGAAACACCAAUGGUGGAUGUCAUUAUUAGAGUCAAGAUACCCAA